AUGGCAAAAUCCGUGGACAAUACUUUUAAUUUGAUUCUUCUGGAUGAACUCUUCGGUAAUAGCGUUGUACUGGCCAUCUCAUUGUAUUAUGUCAUGAUGUGUAUAAGCGUGCAGAAUGCGUACUAUCAAUGCAGUUGGUACCAAAUGCCGCUCAAUUUCAGGAAAUGCCUGCUAAUAUGUAUGAUUCGUGGUCAAGUUAUGUUCUAUUUAACAGCCGGAAGAUUUUAUAUAUUUUCUUUAAAUAGUUUUACAGAUCAUCAUAAAGAUUUAGAUCGUGCGGCCAAGAUGUUGUCUUGGAACAAACCGCUCAUGUCAACGCUAGGUCUUUGGCCUUUCCAAUCCAACGAUCUUAUCUUUUCGAUUAAUUUUGGCUACUUCAGUUUUCUUAUGAUUCUGGAGUAUCUGGACUUCUUUCUUUACAUUGGUGAUCUCGAACACGUGAUCAUGAAUUUGACAGAGAACAUGGCAUUUUCACAGAUACUUGUGCGAAUGAGUACGCUACGAUUAUAUAAUGAUAAAAUUGGUGAGGUCAUAUCGGAAGCCAUGAAAGAUUUUGAUGAGACAAAUUAUAAAACCGCCGAGGAGAUUAAAACAUUUGUCAGUUACUACGCUAAAGCAAAGAUCUUUUUUAAGCUGUUGGUGGCGUUUGUCGCGAUGACGGCUUCAUCAUAUUAUUUGACUCCGAUUCUUGUUAUUCUCGGAAAUGGAGGACUACCUGAAAUAGUGACCAAUGAAAACGUGACUCAAAUAAUUUACCUAUUACCUUAUCGUUUUCAUCUAUUUUACGCGGUUGAAAAUUUACGUACGUACACGAUUACAUACAUCUGGCAAUUGCCAUUUGUCUUCAUCAGUGCUUUUGGACAAACUACAGCUGACUGUAUUAUGGUUACUCUCGUCUUUCACAUUUGCGGUCAGAUGUCGGUUCUUGCUUUACGCAUUAACAAUAUAAAUACCGAAGUCCGUGAUUGCGGGCCUGAGAUGCGACAUGUGAUACUCAUGCAUGUACGAUUGUUACGAAUGGGAAAGAUAAUAGGAAAAGCAUUUAGCGCAACAUUGCUGGCACAUCUUUUAGGAGCUACAUCUCUCGUUUGCAUCCUUGGUUAUCAAAUUUUAACGAAUUUUAGUAAGGGUGAAGCAGGAGUACUUAUUCCACUUUUAAUAUUCCAAUUCUUAGUUCUGCUAAUACUUUAUGCUAAUUGUACUAUUGGCGAGAACCUUUUGACAGAGAGUGCUAAAGUAUGUGAAGCGUUUUAUAAUUGCCGUUGGUAUGAUAUGUCAAAGAAUAAUGCGCGAAUGCUAAUACUAUGCAUGGCAAGAUCGCAAAAACCGCUCUGCCUGAUAGCUGGAAAAUUCACAAUGUUUUGCCUCAGCACUUUAACUGACGUUUUAAAAACAUCCAUGGGAUAUUUAUCAGUAUUACGUUCUUUUUUAUAA